AUGAGUUCACAAACAGUUGAUAUCGGUUCAAAAUCCGGUAAAUUUAAAUAUAUUUUAGUACAACAAGGACAAAAACAUCUCCUUCGUGGUGACCCAAAUUUAGAAUUUCAUGAUAAAAUAUUUGAAAAAUUAAAACAAGAUAUCGGAAAUAAUUCAUCUGAUGAAUUGAAAGUAUUAGGUGGUGGAAAAGUUCAAGUUGAUUUCGAUAAAAAACAAAUUAACGUAUUUGGCGAAUCACAAUCUUAUGGUGCUGCUGAUCAUGCUAAAGCGAAAUCAUUACUUCAAGAAAAAUAUCCUGAUUUUAAUAUAUCAACUGACAAACCAGCUGAUUCUGAUGAUAAAUAA